CCUCCGCCCCUAUUAAAGUCAGGAUCACAGCAGCAGUUGCACUGGUUUAAAGACCCCCUUAACUUGAAGAAAGGAGGAAGAAAGGCUGCAGCAAGGGGUGGGGGGGAAACGUCAAACAGCGUCUGGAAAGAAUUACCCUGCUGAUGGUAUGGAGAAAUCUGCUUAAAGAGGACCUGAGAGCAGAGUAUGAGCCCCACACAGGCUGCACAUCUGGAUUGCCCACUCCUGCCUGCCCUGCAGACCAGCUCCACAUGCACACUGACAGCAUAAGAGCCUCUCGGUGCUCUUCAGCCAUUUAUUUUAUACUUAGCCUAGAUAGAGUUUUUAUUAUUUUAUUUUUUCCAAAAAGUUGGAAUACAAGUGGAAUUUUUUUAAUAUAUAUAUAGAUUAUUAAUUAUUGAACCUCUUCUUUUUUUUUUAUUUUAUCGCCACCUUUUACUUGUGGUGUUCGUUUUCUAAUCACUGCCUCAAACCUGGCUGCCCAGGGCUGAUCUCCUAUUACCUCAGUAGACUUGGAAGCCCACCCAUCGGACUGCAGCGCCUGUGACUCUACAUAGGACUCUCUGGGACACCCAUCAAGAUGCAUUGUGAACGAUUUCUGACCAUCCUAAGAAUAAUUGGAACUACCCUGUUUGGAGUGUCCCUCUUACUAGGAAUUACUGCUGCUUAUAUCGUAGGGUACCAGUUUAUCCAAACGGACAAUUACUACUUUUCAUUUGGACUGUACGGUGCAAUACUGGCACUUCACCUCCUCAUCCAAAGCCUCUUCGCUUACCUUGAGCACAGGAAAAUGAAGCGAUCUCUUGAAACGCCUAUUAAGCUGAACAAAUCAGUUGCCCUGUGCAUUGCUGCAUACCAGGAGGACCCUGACUACUUAAGAAAAUGUUUACUGUCCGUCAAACGGUUGACCUAUCCUGGAAUGAAAGUCAUCAUGGUCAUCGACGGCAAUAACGACGACGACAUCUACAUGAUGGAUAUGUUUAGCGACAUCAUGGGCAGCGACCGGAGUGCCACUUACAUUUGGAAAAACAACUUCCACGAGAAAGGAACCGGUGAGACAGAGGAGUCGCACCGAGAGAGUAUACAGCACGUGACUCAGUUGGUUCUCUCCAACAAAUACAUCUGCAUCAUGCAGAAGUGGGGAGGAAAGCGCGAAGUGAUGUAUACCGCCUUCAAAGCACUGGGGAGAAGCGUGGAUUAUGUGCAGGUAUGUGAUUCUGAUACGGUGCUCGACCCUGCGUCAUCUGUUGAGAUGGUUAAAGUUUUGGAGGAAGAUAUGAUGGUGGGAGGCGUGGGAGGAGAUGUCCAGAUUUUAAACAAGUAUGAAUCCUGGAUAUCUUUUCUGAGUAGCGUUAGAUAUUGGAUGGCCUUCAACAUCGAGAGAGCUUGUCAGUCCUACUUUGGCUGUGUCCAGUGCAUUAGUGGACCACUGGGGAUGUACCGGAAUUCACUGCUUCAUGAAUUCCUUGAAGACUGGUACAAUCAAGAAUUUAUGGGUUCCCAAUGCAGUUUUGGAGAUGACAGACAUCUAACCAACCGGGUCUUGAGCUUGGGCUAUGCAACCAAAUACACAGCAAGGUCAAAAUGCCUUACGGAGACACCUAUCGAGUAUUUGCGAUGGCUUAACCAGCAAACAAGGUGGAGCAAGUCCUACUUCCGAGAAUGGCUAUACAAUGCCAUGUGGUUCCACAAACACCAUCUAUGGAUGACUUAUGAAGCUGUGAUCACCGGGUUCUUCCCUUUCUUCUUAAUUGCAACUGUGAUUCAGCUGUUCUAUCGAGGACGGAUAUGGAACAUUCUGCUCUUCUUGUUGACCGUACAGUUCGUUGGCCUCAUCAAGUCUUCGUUUGCCAGUGUUCUCCGAGGGAACAUCGUCAUGGUUUUCAUGUCACUAUACUCAGUGCUCUACAUGUCCAGUUUACUACCGGCAAAGAUGUUUGCUAUUGCCACCAUCAACAAAGCUGGGUGGGGCACGUCGGGAAGGAAAACUAUCGUGGUCAAUUUUAUAGGAUUAAUACCUAUAACCGUUUGGUUUACAAUCCUCUUAGGUGGCGUGGUUUUCACAAUAUGGAAGGAAACAAAGAAGCCAUUUGCAGAAUCUGAACAGAUAGUUCUUAUAGUCGGUGCAAUACUUUACGCAUGCUACUGGGUGAUGCUGUUGACUUUGUACGUGGCGCUGAUCACAAAAUGUGGCAGGCGGAAGAAAGAGCAGCAGUAUGACUUGGUGCUUGAUGUAUGAUGAUACUCAAUUACCUGCAAAGUGUGCAAACUUAACAGAUAUUAUCAAAAGCCUUAUUUUCUAGGAGUUUUACGGACAUGAAUUCAUGUCUUUAAGGGAAAUACAACACUGCUGCUGGGAUCUCAACAAACACUAAUUGUGCCUCAUUUUCACGCAUCCAAAGCCAAAAUAGUUGAACGCUUUUGAGAAAAUGAACACAUGUUUAAAAGCCAGGCCUCUUCUUGGUUCAGGGGAGGCCAUUUUGUUUGUGCACUUUUUUUUGGUUAUCAUUGUGCAUAUGCCUGACAGUGUUAUGUUCUAUAUAUACCUCACUGGUCAUGCUUAUGUUUUGAGUGGUCAUUAUGGAAAGGAGUUUGAAAAAUUUCUAGGCCUCAUUCACUAGUGGUUCUUUUCUACAGGGCGGUCCAGACGUCUCCUCGCUUCGGGAUAAUUCCAUACGUAGAGAAAAUUGGCCCUUUUUUAACAAACUGCAACUUUAUUCACAAAAUAUUUUAUUGACAAAACGCAGGUAACCUUUGAGAAUGCCUGUGUCAAAAGACGGACGUAUAGAAAUUUUCGUGAAGAGGAAGCAGUCGCAAGAUUGCGACGGACUUUAAUAGGAAACAUGACAAGAACAUCACACACAACACUGGUGCCAAACUUAUUAAGAAGUUCAAGAAGACUUGGGGAGGGGGGAUGUAUCAAGCCUUGGAGACACAAGUAACUGCCCAAACCAACCAAUAAGAUUCUAAAUGUCUUUUCAAAGACUGUGCCAAAUGAAUUACAGAACCUGAUAGGUUGCUUUGGGCAACAUCUCCACUUUCUCCUCUCCACGGCUUGAUAUAUCUACCCCUGGAAUUACUACAGACCAAAUGAGAAGCAGUUGUCCACGUACACCAACAUAUGAAUGUUAAACAGUUUUAAUUUUACCAAUGUAUGGAAUUUUCCCUAUGUAUGGGGACUUUUGGGUCACCCUGUAUUUUUUUUCCUCUGGAAAAGUUCCUAGUAAGUUGGCCGAGUGGCUCUAGCAAUACAAUACAACGUUAUUUAUAAACUUUGUUUUUGAAAGUUACUAUUUUAUUUUUAAUUUUUUUUAGUGAUGGUCCAAGGGCCAUCAAUUAUAAAUGCCGCGUGUGCUUAAAACAAAAGCACGGUGGCUAUGCUGUAUUUUUAUAUUAUUGUAUUAAUUAUGUUUUUUAUUUGUAUGCCAAUGUUUCAAAAUUUUUACAUAUUUUAUAUUUUACUUAUCUGAUAAAUCAUUCAGUUCUCUAUUCUUUGUUGUUGAUGGUUUUUUUUUUUUUAAACUGAUA